AUGGCCGGGCCUCGAGCGAGUCCAUCAAUGAAGCAUCGUCGGAGAGCUGAAGGAGAUCUGCGUGAGAGAAACCCACAUCGACCGUGGGACAGAGGCAGAGAUCCAAGUCCUGGUCGGCGGCUACAUUCACCAGACCCAACGUUCAGACAGGACCACGCUACUUUCACCAGAGACCGAGAUCAGGGCAAUUGGGAUAAGCGUCCUCCACAUAAGAAGGGCCACCCACACAGGAGUUCUAAGAAGUCGUAUCCUGCAAGGCCUUCGUAUUCGCCGUCGCGUUCUUCCAACCCAAAAUACAGUCAUUAUCCAAGACCGAGACAAGCCGAUCAUCCGUUCGAUAGACCUCGCGAAUACUCGCCAGACCGCCAAACUAAACGAAGGCGUACCAGGAGCCCCUCUGUUGCACACAUCGAGCGCGGUCGCUUCGGAUACGAUCAACGUCAACGUGAUCGCCCCAGUACUGAAGAUAUCAGGCGGAGUAGCGUUUCGCCUCAUAGAGAGGACAAUCACCAUCCUUCUCGCCCGAGAUCGAGUUCGCGCACGUCGAAUACCGAGCCUUUUGUACACCCUGACCGGAGAAGAGAUUUCACCCCUCCUGUUCGCAGACGCGGUAGACACUCGAAAUCGCCAAACCGCUCUUCCCAAGCAUCGCCCGAUCCGCGCGUCGACUCACAUCCUUCGUCUAUACAUACUCGAGAAUCUUCGAUUGUUUCAAACCGACCACCGCACCGCCCAGAAACAGGUGGCAAGACACGUUUUGCCGCUGAGAAGCCUACACGGCGAAGCAGACCUGCCUCUAAAACCCCUUCUCUCCCUGGCGACACAGAGACUCGAUCCAUGGAUGGCCAAUAUCCGCCGCGUGGAGGUUAUGGGCACCGAGGACAACAAAGACCAUAUGUAGAUACACGACACCACCAGCAGCCUGCUGGCUCACCUCCGUUUCCAUCAACUCCAAACAGCUCCUAUCAUGGUUCACCCCAAGCGAACUCUCCUUACCACAACCAAAGAGGCGGCUGGGGCCGAGGCAGGGGCCAUUAUGGUUAUACCGGCCCAACUAAUGCCAGCAACCCGAAUCCCUUUCCUCCAAAUCAGCAACAACAGUACGGCGGCCAGAAUCAUCAGGGCUACCAUCACUCCAAUCGGGGUGGUCGAGGGCGUGGGGGCCAUUUCAAUCAGCAAGGUCCACCUGACCGAAGAUUCAGUGGUCCUCAUCGAGGCAGAGGUGGUCAAUACCAGAAUCUGCAAUGGACCCCAUCAGGUCCUCAACAAAGCGGGCCUCAAGGCCAGAACUUUCAGAUGAGCUCUGCGAAUUCAACUCAGAUAUCAAGUACGACCGCUCAGAACUCACAAGAUGAGCGUGAUCAAUCAGAAGAACAAAACCAAUCUCGUCCAUCAAAAGAUCUACAAGUGGAGGAUCAACGAGAUCCUCGUUUCAAUACAGCUUCAACACAGCAGAGCAAAGAACAGACGGAAACUUCGGCGUCCAAAUUCAGUUUCGCAUUCAAAUCCAAAGCCCCUCCACUUGGUCCAGCUAAGUCAACUGCAGAUUUCGCUAACAGACCCAAAGCGGCAUUUCAACCUCCUGACAACUGGGCUGCACAACAUCCUAAGAAUAAAUUCAAUGAUCGCCGAGAGGAUAGACCAAUCCCAAGAGGCCCAGCAGAUCGAAAGUUCCAAAUGAACGACCGAUCAAGACAUUUCCAAGACCGCUCACAACCUACAAACGACCGAAGGCCAGAGAGAUCACGUUCUCCGCCUUCGAAGAAACCGAAGAGAGAGAUGAAGUCAAGACCUGUCUUACCUCCCGAGCUUGCACAAUCCGAGUCGAUAUACUAUCGCAAACCUGGAAAUGAAUCAGUAGUUGGUGCAGGCACUUAUGGGAAAGUUUUCAAAGCAAUUCACAUUUAUACCCAGGACAAAGUCGCGUUGAAAAAGAUCCGUAUGGAAGGUGAACGAGAUGGUUUCCCAAUCACGGCCGUACGAGAAAUCAGACUAUUGCAACAUCUCCGACAUAAGCAUGUUGUGGCGCUACAAGAAGUCAUGGUGGAGAAGAAUGAAUGUUUUAUGGUGUUUGAGUAUCUAUCUCAUGAUUUGACGGGCCUGAUAAACCACCCAACAUUCAAGCUCACUGCCGCACACAAAAAGGAUCUCGCUCGACAGAUGUUCGACGGGCUAGAUUACCUCCACCGGCGCGGAGUUCUUCAUCGAGAUAUCAAAGCCGCAAAUAUCCUCAUCUCCAAUACCGGUCAACUUAAAUACGCCGACUUUGGCCUCGCACGCUUCUACACGAAAUCACGUCAACUAGACUACACCAAUCGAGUCAUUACCAUUUGGUAUCGACCACCAGAAUUAUUGCUCGGAGAAACUCAAUACGGACCCGAAGUGGACAUAUGGUCAGCUGCAUGCGUGUUUGUCGAGAUGUUCACUAAGAAAGCAGUCUUCCCUGGGGAAGGAGGAGAGCUGAGUCAACUCGACAAAGUCUACAACGUCCUCGGCACUCCUACGCGCACGGAGUGGCCUGGCAUCAUUGAUUUACCCUGGUUUGAGCUCAUGCAGCCGUCAGACAGGCGGAAAAGGGUCUUUGAAGCCAUGUUCAAGGACAUAUUCAGUCUCGCAGGCCUCGAAUUAGUUCAGUGGAUGUUCAAGUACGAUCCAUUGAAGAGACCCAGUGCAGAAGAAGUUCUCGCACAUGCCUAUUUUGCAACUGAGGAACCAAAACCUCAACAAGCCGUUGAGCUUGCGAAUGUCCCUGGAGACUGGCACGAGUUCGAGAGCAAGGCGCACAGACGAGAGAACGACAAGCGCGAGAAAGAGCGAAAGAAGGAAGAAUACCUUCGUGAGCGUGAAAAGCGUAAGGCCAAGGAAGCUGGGCUGCCCGAGUCUGGGUCAGCCGUGCCACCGGAGAAGAGAGCGAAGCAAGGCACCAAAGAGUCGGGAAACGCGGUCGUUGAAACCGAUGCCCAGAAGAAAGAAAAUGACCGCGCCCGAGAUGCAGAGCAUGGUCCCGAAGACGAUUCGGAGGGCGAAGGCAGCGCCAGAAUGAGUAUGUCGUAA